AUGGGAGAUCAAGAUGAUUUAAUGUUAUCAGAUGAAAUGAUUGAAAAGAAACAAAUUGAAUUAAUUAAUAAACAUAAAGAUGCACCAAUUGAAUCAAUUGCAAAAUUAAAUAAUUCAAAUAAAUUAACAUCAUUAUUAACUCGUGUAAAAAAUCAAAUGAUAAAGAGUUUACCUGAAAAAGGUGUUAAAACAGGUCAAGAUUCUGAAGAACAUAAAUUAAUCGUUGAAUGUAAUCAAAUGGCUCAAGAGAUUCAACAUGAAAUUUAUUUAAUUCAUAAAUUUGUUCGUGAAAGAUAUUCAAAAAAAUUCCCUGAAUUAGAAAGUUCCGUUCAAAAUCCAUUAGAUUAUAUAAAUUGUGUUAAAAGAAUUAAAAAUGAAAAUGAUUUAAUUAAUGUUCAAUUAAAUGAUUUAUUACCAAAAUCAACAAUUAUGGUAUUAUUAGUAACAUUAUCAUCAACAGCAGGUAAAAAUUUAACACAAGAAGAAUUAAUGAGAGUAAUUGAUGCAUGUGAUAUGGGUUUAGAAUUAGAUUUACAUAAAAAAAAUAUAUUACAUUAUUUAGAGAGUAGAAUGACUUAUAUAGCACCAAAUUUAUCAGUAUUGAUGGGAAGUAGUAUAGCAUCUAAAUUAAUUGGUAUAGCAGGUUCAAUUCAACAAUUAGCAAAUAUUCCAGCUGGUCAUUUACAAACAUUAGGUGCUGAUAAGAAAGCAUUGGCAGGUUUUAGUGGUAUGUCAAAUAGAAAGUUUCAAAUGGGUUUAAUUUCACAAUGUGAUAUUGUAAAGAAAGCACCACCAUUCUUACAAGUUAAAGCAUUACGUACUCUAACUGGUAGAGUAUCGAUUGCUGCAAGAGUUGAUGCUCAACAAGAUUCAUCAUUCUAUGGUGAAACAGGUAGACAAUAUCGUGAUGAAAUUUUAGCUAAAAUUGAGAAAUGGCAAGAACCACCACCUCAAAAACAAGAUAAAGCACUACCUGCCCCUGAAGAGGGUAAGAGAACCAAGAGAGGUGGUAAAAAGGCUAGACUAUACAAACAGAAAUAUGGUGUCACCGAUUUUCAAAAAGCUAAAAAUCGUAUGUCCUUUGGUGUUGAAGAGAAAACUAUAGGUGAAAGUGGUAUUGGUUUAGGUAUGAUUGGUGGUGAAAGUGGUAAAGUAAGACUGGUUGCUCAAGAAAGAGGUAUCCUAAAGAAAAAGAAAUUGGAACAAAAAAAUUAUGGUGGUUCUAUGACUUCUGCUUCAACUAGUGGUCUUGCAAGUGUUGCCAUUACUCCUGUACAAGGCUUACAACUUUCUAUUACUCAAAAUAUACGUGAACAAGAUAAUAAAACUGAAAAAUAUUUUUCAUCUUCUAGUUUUAAAAAUAAAAGAAAACUUGAACAAUAA